GGAAACUAAAUCUUGUUAAAUAGACUAAAGUCAAUCUAAAGUAUAUGCAUAUAAGUCUCGUUAUGAGGUGUAAAUGUGAAUUUUACUAUUAACCCUAAUAGAAUACCUAAUAGAAUACCUGGUGAUUUUAUGAAACAACUUCUGAAUAGUCCAACUUUUUUAACGAAUAUAAAAUACGUUAAACGCAGAUAUGAUGUCGAGCGACCGUAAAGUUGGUGUUGCAGAUAUGACAACAAUGUCGGAAUUAGAUGAAAUUGGAAUAAACGAAAAUCUGAACAUUCGAUACUGUAGUGACAUAAUAUAUACUUAUACUGGCUCAAUACUUAUAGCUGUAAAUCCUUAUAAAACCAUUAAUAUAUACAAUAAGCAAUAUAUUUCCGAAUAUCAUAAGUGCAAAUUGGGAUACUUAUCGCCUCAUGUGUUUGCUUUAGCUGAAGCAGCUUAUACCAGCAUUGUCGACGACCAUCUAAACCAGGCCUGUGUUAUAUCAGGGGAAUCUGGAGCUGGAAAAACCGAAACAACCAAAUUUAUAUUGCAGUUUUUAUGCUCAAUCACUUCAGACAUUUCGUCGUGGGUGCAACAGCAGAUUUUAGAGGCUAACACCAUUUUGGAAGCUUUUGGAAAUGCAAAAACGAUUAAAAACGAUAACAGUUCAAGAUUUGGUAAAUUUAUGCAAGUUUGUUUUGAUGACCACAAUUGUAUAAAAGGAUGCAUUAUUCAAGAUUAUCUGCUUGAACAAUCUCGGAUAACAUAUCAAAGUGAAGGGGAACAAAACUAUCAUAUAAUGUAUCAACUAGUGGCACAAGGGCAGAAAAAUAUCGAUAUCGCAAAAACCUUUUAUUUAAAACCACCUGAAUAUUACAAAUAUCUGAAUAUUAAGAGUACUGAACAAAUAAAUAUGCAAUUAGAAUCAAUGAAGUUCGACGCCGUUACUAUGGCGUUUACGGUUUUACAAAUUCCCCAAUUUGUAAUAGAUGGCGUUUUUAAGGUCCUAAGCUCAAUAUUGUGGUUAGGUAAUAUUGACUUUAUGGACAUUGAUGGCGAAGGUUGCGAUUUUUCUAAUUCAGACAAGGAAGCCAUUUCGAACAUUUCAAACCUUCUGGGAAUGAAGCGCUGUGAUCUUCAAAAGGUUCUUCUAAUUCGCCAAUUGAAUGUUCGAGGAAAUAUUACUGAAAUCCCUUUAAAAAUAAAAGAGGCUGUAGAAAAUCGACAUGCUAUGGCAAAAGCAUUAUACUCCAAAACAUUUACAUGGCUGGUUACGAAAAUAAAUAGCUGUACAAAUCCAGGACAAGGCGGUGCCAAAUUUCUUGGUGUACUUGAUAUAUUUGGAUUUGAAAAUUUCACUCACAACUCAUUUGAGCAACUAUGCAUAAACUAUACCAACGAAAAGCUGCACAAAUUUUUUAAUCAUUAUGUUUUUGCGUUGGAGCAAUCAAUCUACGUCCAAGAAGAAAUCUUCUUUAAUCACGUUAAGUUCACAGAUAAUUCCCAGUGCUUGGAACUUAUAGAAAAAGCUCCCCGGUGUGUGUUCAAGUUAUUAACAGAGCAAUGUCAUAUGCCAAAGGGUUCUGAUUCAGCUUAUUUGAACAAUAUGCACUCUGAGUUCGAAUUUCACCCAAAUUAUAUAAAAGGUUCUGAUCGUCGUCAUUGGGAAACCGAUUUUGGAAUAAAACAUUACGCUGGAAGUGUAAUUUACUCCGUUAAUGGAUUUGUGAAAAAAAAUCGUGAUGUGCAACAAGAUGUUCUGUUUGAUUACAUGAGUUUCAGCGAAGAUGUAUUUAUAAAGGAUUUAUCUAAAUUUCAGGAUCCGCAAUUUAUUAGUUCAAGUUACCAUCGAGGCUCAUCUAAAUCAAAAUGUACAGUCAGUGAUACUUUUCGGAACCAGUUGCAGUCCCUUAUAGAUGUCCUGCAAAACACAAAACCAUGGUACGUUCGUUGUAUAAAACCAAAUUUAUCAAAACGACCAAAUAGCUAUAACCACUCACUAGUUCUUGAUCAAUUAAAAUAUCUUGGAGUUGUGGAUAUAAUUCGAAUAAGGAGAGAAGGAUUUCCAAUACAUUUAUGUCAUGAAGACUUUGUUAUUAAAUAUAAAUGUCUGUUGAAAAAUAGGUCUUUAGAAAAUCUACAUAAAUAUAUAACCGAUAUAUUGGAAACAAUUGAUUUGCCAAAAACAGAAUGGCAAAUUGGAAAAACAAAAAUAUUUUUGCGUGGUGUGGUAUAUGAACUAUUAGAAGACAAUAGAAAAACAAAAAAUUAUAAUAGUGCCGUUAUUAUUCAAAAAUAUUGGAAACGAUUUUAUUGCUUUAAGUCCUUUUUGCGCAUUAAAUUGGCUGUUCUGAAAAUACAAUAUGCAUAUAAAGGAUGGAAAUUAAGAAUUCGUUUUAUGAGAAUGAGACGCAGUGCAAUUGUCAUACAAAGUCGUCUGCGCGGAGUUUUUGCUAGAGAGGUAGCAACAGCUUUAAGGGAAAUGAGACUCGUUGAUGAAGAAAUGAAAAAGCGUGAUAAAAGAAAUGAGCAAUUAACCAAUGUCCAGUCAAAUGCUCUGGCAGAUUGUGAAAGAUUGGUUCAAGUAGAAAUAGGUGUACUAUCCCAAAUUUCAGAAAAUAUAGGAGAUAUACCAAACCCAUUUACCGACGCAAACGAUUUGAUAAAUAAUGCUUGUGAAGCUUCAAUCUUACAGGACAGUGUUGACUUGGACAAUAUAUUCGCAUUUUUAGGUGAAUCAACAGAAAGAGCACUUGGUAAUCCACUCAUUGAAGAAAUUAAUGACGAAAUGAAUAAUUUGGUAAAAGAUCUUGACGACGAAAUUGAACUGUGUAUGCAUAACGGAGAACAUUUUAAAAAUCGGGAAAUAGGAAAGUCGUUUGCUACUAAAGGUGUUCCUUCACUUCCAGAGCCUACUGUACCUCCACCACCACCACCUGCAUCUGUAGGUAUAACACCAAAGAAAUUAAAGCCUGAGCCCAUAUAUGAAGCAAUAAACGCAAACAAAUUAACGAAUUCCAACGAAAAACCAAAUGAAAAUUAUGUAUUGCUUCAGUAUAAGAUUCUUCAAGAUAACAACAAACAAUCUUUCGCGUCUUAUUCUCCAUUACUUGGAAAAUAUCAAUUGGAAGAUGGACGUCAAGAAAGGCGAAGACAAAGAGUAGAAAAAAAAAUUUGUGAACUAAACUGCAUUGAAGAUGGUCAUAAAGAUAUUCACAACGACGACACAUUUUACAAUAUUCUUGAAUUUGCGGAGAACUAUUUCAAUACACACGACCUUUUGAAAGACGAUAACUUUAUUAGCAACCCAUCAGAAAAGGCUGAAAACAUAGCAGAUUAUAAACACAAGAUGACAAUAUUUUUAAAUUCUGACAUAAUUCCAACAUCCCAUAUUCAUAUGUACGAUCCAGAGAAUGUUUUAUUGUCUUGUAAUAUAUUUAGAGAACUUUGGAAAUAUAUGCAUGCAGACCACAACGCAGAACGAGAGCUUCAAAUUAUUCAAUAUAUUAUUGGACUGGGCAUUGAAAGAGAAGAAUUACGAGAUGAAAUAUUUGUUCAAUGCAUACGUCAAUCAAGAGAUAACCCGAAUGAUGACUGGGCUGACAAAAUUUGGCUUCUUAUGUGUCUUUCCAUUGUGGCUUUUCAACCAAGCAAACUUUUAUUCAGAUACUUCGUUUCAUUUAUAAAGAACAGUAUGAAGAAUUUAGAUGGGAAACUUAGGCAAUACUCACAGUGGUGCUUUGAUAAUUGCAAAGGUACCAAAGUUUCAACACGGAUAUAUCCUCCAUCCAGUGUCGAAGUUGCGGCUAUGCGACGUCUUGGAACAAUCGUGUGCAGAUUUUUUUUCUUGGAUGCACGCACUAAAGCUAUCGAUGUUCACCCAACUGACACUGCAGGAGACGCUGUCCAGAAGCUCGCUGAAAAACUUAACUUAGCAACAACUGAUGGUUGGGCCAUUUAUCAAUCUCGUCCAGACGGUGAAGAACACAUAAAGAGUUUUGAUUAUUUGUAUGACAUAAUUUCGGCUUGGGAACUAAAACAAACUUCGGGUUCCGGCACCAAAAGGCUUGCAAAUGGAUCUCAAUCAGGAGAAAAUCGAUUUGUUUUUAAAAAGAGACUUUUUAAAUCAACUCAUGAACUAUCACAAGAUCCUGUUGAAAUAAGCAUGCUAUAUUCACAAGCAGUUUACAGCGUUGUUAAGAAAGACGAAUUCCCCGUCAGCGAAAAGGUGGCUCUUCAACUAGCAGGACUUCAAGCACAAGUAGCCUUAGGAGAUCCAUCAACUCAGCCAAAACCGGAAUAUUAUUCAGAUAUAAGCAGUUUUUUACCGAGCAGAAUAUCGAAAACAAGAGAACAACAAUUUUGGAUACCAAUUUUAGCACAAGCCCAUAGGCAAUACGGAUCUUCAAGAAAUGAACUAACAGCUAAAGUUUUGUACCUAAGCUGCGUAAUGCAAUAUCCACUUUAUGGCACGACAAUGUUUAGAGUCAAUUACAAAGGGUUCUGGAAUUUUGUAAGCAACAUAAUACUUGCAAUACAUUGUGACGGGAUAAUGUUUGUUCAUCCUGAAGAUAAAUCAGUCAUCUACCAACUUAAAUAUGAAGAUAUUGAAUCAAUUAUUUUGGAUCCUAGUGACACUUUCAUAACAAUCUCAGUGAAUCGUAGCACAAAGCAAUUACACAAAAAUUCUCGAGAAAAAAACUCAAUUAUAGAGUCACAGAAAUGUUUUGUCUUCGAAACCUCGCAAAAAAAUGAUAUAGGGUCUUUAAUAAUAUCAUAUUAUCCUUCUUUAUCAAAUUGGAUUUUAAACAUUGUAGAGUGCUCAAAAAAAAUUAAGGGAACUACCAAUGAAGACAGAAUAAGGUUAUACCAAAAUGUUGUUGUUUGUAGACGACAACUAGUGGAUAUGAAUAUUGUUAAAAAGCCCCAAGAAAUGGGAGGAUUUUUAAGAAACACUCUUAGACGUCUGUCAAAGCACAGAUUAGAAAAAUUGAGAUCAGAACAGGGGUCUAAGGUGCUUGACCAUGGCGAAACAUACAAAGGGUUUUCUCAUUCGUUUUGGGCAUUUAGUAAACAACAAAUUUCAUUUUGUCUAAGUACAAUUUUUGAUGAAGACGAGUCUAUAAUGGUGCAAGUAUUUGAUUCUAUAUUGACUUUUUCUGGACUUGGAACUUCAGGGGAAGCUAUAAAACGUGCUGAGGAUGAACAUGUUCGAAUAGUUCAAUCCAUAAUGGAAAAAUGUAUGAAAAAGGAGUCUUUGUUAAAUGAACUUUAUCUUCAAUUGAUUAAACAGACAACGGAUCAUCCGGAUGCAAACUCAAGAGUAAAUUUAAAAAAUUGGGCACUUUUAUCGGUUUUAUGCAGUGUUAUCUUGCCAUCGAUGAAGUCUAUUAGAAAAUACCUGAUUGCUCAUUUAAAAAGAUGCUCGAGUGAUUUCUUGUCCGAAGAGGGCAAAUACGCAAGAUUUGCAGAUCAAUGUUUUUUUAGAACCCAAGGCACAAGGCGUCGUCAGUGGACCCCAAGCAGCGAAGAAAUUUUGUGUACUACUAAUCGCAGACCUUGCUAUUCAAAAUUUUAUUUUAUGGAUGGGCAAUAUUAUUCAAUUGAGUUUCAUCCAAGCUCUACAGCGAGUGAUGUAUUGGAAAUUAUCAAGAAAAAAAUUGGACUUCAAAAUAACGCCAAAGGAUAUUCUAUUUAUGAAGUUAUAGGAAACUCGGAAAGGAGUCUUCUCCCGGAGGAGAAAGUGUGUGAUGUAAUGGCGAAAUGGGAAAAGUAUCAGGCUGCGUCACAGCAAGGAACACAAUAUCAGUUGAACCCCAAAACAGAAGCACGAAAACAUCAUUAUAUUUUCUUAUUCAAAAAGCACUUAUUUUUCGAUAACUAUAUAAAUUUAGAUGAUACUGUUGAAAAGGAGCUUUUAUAUCAUCAAAUUCUGCAUAGUUUAAGAAGCGAAAGGUAUCCAAUAACAGAAAUGGAAGCGAUUAUGUUAACUGCUCUUCAAAGCCAACUAGAGCUUGGCGAUUGUAAUGAAAUUUUAAAUGACUAUAGAGCUGUAGCAAGUCAUUGCUUACCUCCAAGAUUUGUACCUAAUAUUCCUCAUGAAGCUGUAGCAAUGCAUCAUCAAAGUCUUCGAGGAAUGUUACCAAUAGAAGCUAAAAAAGCCUUCCUUAAUUUAAUACAAAGUUGGCCUCUUCAUCGUGCAACUAUUUUUGAUGUUAUGCAAAGCUUUACUUCGAACUGGCCCCGAAUGCUUUGGCUAGCAAUUGACCAAAAAGGUAUUCACUUACUGGAACAUCGUUCACGAAAUAUUUUAUGUACCCACGGAUACGAUUCCAUAAUAUCUUUUUCCCCAAAUUUAAAUUCGUUAAUGAUAAUUACUGGAACGGAAAAAAAACAAUCUAAAGUGAUUUUAAGUACUUCUCAGGCAUUUCAAAUCACCACGCUUAUUCGGGAAUAUUCUGAAAUUGUGAAAGACGUUAAGUAAAUUCUUAUUAAGUCAUGA